GUCACAGAUCACAUGUCCGGUCACAUUUCAGAUAAGAGCUAGAGUUACCCAUGUUAUAUAUCUUAAAUACUGCUAUAACUUGGACUAACUACACUCGUAAUGGUUUACACACAUUGACGACAGCAGUGAAGAUGAUCACGUAGACUGGAUAGAACACUAACAGACAAGUUAUCUUCAAUAUUCAAUCAGGACUUGUGCGUUCUAUAGAAUAAUACACAUCGUACACCAUUAUGGGUAAAGCUGCACAGUUUCUGCUGCUGACAUGGAAGAACUGGACGAUACAGAAGCGUAAGAAGGCCGUGACGAUUUUUGAGAUAAUUCUACCCGUGGGUUUCGCAGCUCUCCUGGUGGUGAUCCGUUCUCUGGUGAAAACAGAGCUUAUUUCUACCGAUACAAUAUGGCCGCCGUUUCCUUUGAUGGAAAACGCUACAUCCAAGAGAACAGAAAUCCUCUUCGCACCUAACCAGACUGCUAUUAUAAAUCUGAUGAUGGACAUUUCUCAAAACGUCGGCCCUAACUUUACUGUGCGAGGUUACGACACGGCAAAGGAGAUCGAGGACUAUCACGCGACUAACGACAAAAAUAUCUGGGCUGCGGUGGUGUUCAACUCCACGGCAGACUACCGGACAGUUUUACCCCCAAGUGUCCAGUACGACCUGAGUGUAUCCAAACGGACCAAUGACGAAAGGUGGCGCACGGAAAACUCUUACCCAUUCUUUCGGACUCCUUGGUUCCGCAAUGACGCUGACGACGGUGGAGAGCCGUACUAUCGUGAGACCGGCUUCCUGUUGCUACAGUAUUUGGUGGACAGGGCCAUUAUCGACCAACAGGCCCCGGGAAACAAUCUGUCCACAUUUGAGUUUGAGAUGCAGAGGAUGCCCUACCCGCCCGUGGUGAAGGACUUCCUCCUCCCUACUCUCCAGGGCAACCUCCCACUUUUCCUCAUGCUUGGGUUUAUUCUGUCGUCCCUGCAGACCAUCAAGAACAUACUAUACGAGAAAGAGCGACGACUGAAGGAGGCGAUGAAGCUGAUGGGUUUGAGCUCGACCGUCUACUGGUUGUCAUGGUUUUUCAAAGCCCUGGUCUACCUCGUCAUCGCUUGUGCUAUCUACACCAUUUUGUUUGCAGUCAAAAUUGGCGACAAGGGUAGCGUCCUCAACAAUUCUGACCCCUCAUUGGUCUUCGUGUUCCUGAUCUGUUACAGUACCUCCAUCAUCGCCUUCUGUUUCAUGAUCAGCACCUUCUUCAACAAAGCCAACACUGGUGCUAAUGUCGGAGGGAUACUCUACUUCCUGUUGUACUUUCCAUACUUUUUCCUCGCCAACUAUUAUGAGACUAUGUCUCGAAGUGAGAAGUUGGCGACAUGUCUGAUAUUUAAUACAGGAAUGGCACUGGGAGUCAACACCAUCGGGAUAUACGAGGGAACAGGCGAUGGGGCGAGAUGGACCAAUUUCUAUAAGCCUGCCACCGUGGACGACAACUUUUCCCUCCUGGAUUCCAUGAUAAUGUUACUGGCGGAUAGUGUCCUAUACCUACUGGUUACGUGGUACGUGGACAAUGUCCAUCCUGGGGAGUACGGGGUACCCCAGCCAUGGUACUUCCCCGUCUCGAAAACAUACUGGUGUGGUGCAAGGCCCCCCUCAGAAAACUACAACCACGAAGAGCUCCCCUCUGUCACCAACCCAGAGAAAUUCGAGAGAGACCCCAGUGGCUUACGAGUCGGUAUCAAGAUAAGCGGCCUAAGGAAGGUGUUCGGUUCCGGGACAGGAAAGAAGGUGGCGGUCACCAACACAACUCUUAACAUGUAUGACGGACAGAUCACAGCCCUGCUAGGACACAACGGAGCAGGCAAGACAACCACAAUGUCUAUGCUGACAGGUUUCAUACCUCCCACCAAGGGGACGGCGACUGUUAACGGAUACGAUAUCUGUACCGACAUUUUGCACGUGAGACAGAGCCUGGGAAUGUGUCCACAGCACAAUAUCUUAUUCGACACCUUGACCGUCCAGGAACAUCUUGAGUUCUUUGCCCAGUUAAAAGGAAGUGAGAAACGUAUGAUCCGCCAGGAAGUUGAUGACAUGAUCAGCAUACUCGAGCUGGAACCGAAAAGACACAGUUUUUCCGUCACCCUCUCCGGAGGACAAAAGCGGAAGUUAUCGGUUGGAAUCGCCCUGAUUUCUGGAUCAAAGGUGGUCAUCCUGGAUGAGCCUACCUCCGGUAUGGACCCUGCCGCUCGGCGACAAAUUUGGGACAUCCUGCAAAAGUUCCGUCAGGGCAGGACGAUCGUACUGAGUACGCAUUUCAUGGACGAAGCUGACCUCCUGGGGGACAGAAUUGCUAUCAUGGCGGAGGGCGUUGUAAAGUGUUGUGGCUCCUCGCUCUUCCUCAAGAAACUCUACGGCGCAGGAUAUCAUCUUGUAGUGGUUAAGACUAAAGACUGUAACGUGGACGAAUUGACCAAAAUGAUCCAAACGCUAAUCCCAACAGCCGUUCUGGAGAGCCAGAUCAGCGCCGAACUCUCCUACCUUCUCCCCUUCGAUCAGUCAGCCAAGUUCGAGGAACUGUUUGAGCACAUAGAAAAGAAGUCGGUUGAACUUGGCAUAUCCAGCUUUGGUACAUCGGCGACGACGAUGGAAGAAGUGUUUCUUAAAGUUGGCGAAAGCAGCAAAGAGCAGGACGAGGACGAUUCCACAGAGGCUUCCCCACUGAGCAAUGGUAUCUUUAACCCAAGCUAUUUGCACAAGGGCGAUGAAAAUGGAUAUGGCAGCGCGAAUCAUGUAGGGCCAGAGGACGUGACCACCCUCAACCUUAAAAAUGUACCCACAGACAACGGCCCAAGCGUCGACAGGUUUGUCGAAUUUAACUUGAACUUGAUGAAGAAUACUGGUGUGGAGUUGUCCUUACAACAGUUUUAUGGUAUGUUUGUGAAGAAGGCUAUUCACUUCUGGAGGAAUCGAAUAGUGACGCUAGUCCAGCUGCUGAUCCCCGUGGCGUUCACUAUCUUGGCCCUAGUAGUUGCGGAGACCGUGCCUAAACCGGGAAACGAACCCUCUUUACUUCUUGACCUUGUGCCCUUUGGCUCUAAUAGUGUCGUAGGAUACCGUUCUAGUAAUGUUUCCUCGAACAUAGUCACAACUUACAAAGAUACAUUCAAUGGAUAUCAAACUGAAGAGUUUUUACCGACCAGCAGUUUCAUAGACGAGUUACUUGUGAAGGCAAAGGCAAUAGGUACAGCUACAUUCAACAAACGGUAUAUUAUAGGUGCAGAUUUCAAUUACAAUGCGUCAGAAACAACAUUAAAGGUGACAUCGUUUUUCAAUGGAGAGACAUUUCACGGUCCGGCAAUAACUGUAGCCUACACGAUGAAUGCAAUCCUACAGUUUUUUACUGACAGCCAACACUCCAUUACGACCCACAACUCCCCGUUCAAGGAGACGCUGGAGGCAAACAGUCGCUCUGUGGCCGGGGCUACGCUUGGGACCGGUUUCACAAUCGCAUUCACCAUUUUGUUUGGAAUGGCGUUUCUGUCCACUAGUUUCAUCAUAUUUCUGAUAAAAGAACGAGCAAAUGGCGCAAAACACCUCCAGAAGGUGAGUGGAGUCAGCAACCUUGCGUACUGGGCAUCAAGUUUUUCUUGGGACAUCAUCAACUACCUUAUUCCUGUCCUGCUCAUCAUGGCGGUGUUUGCUGCAUUCCAGACCGAGGCUUAUUCAGGCGGAGGUCGCCUUGGUUAUGUGUUUCUUCUUUUCCUCCUCUACGGGAUAGCGUGUCUUCCAUUCGUGUACCUCCUUCACUACUUGUUCAAUGUUCCUGCUACAGGGAUGGUGGUAGUAACUAUGCUUAACAUCGUCACAGGCCUCGCUACUACCAUGGCUGUGUUCGUUCUCCGGUUCCCGUUCUUGGGGACCCUUGACGUGUCAAACGGCCUAGACUGGGUGUUUAGCGUUAUCAUUCCCCACUACUGCCUCGGUCUCGGCCUCAUGAACAUCUACACAAACUACGAAUACAUCAACUCCUGUAACGCCAUUAACUACAAGUUAACCUGUCUCAUACCAAUCAUCAACAAGAACCCAUGCUGUCAAGAUACCUGUGCUGACAACUGUUUCUCGUUCACGGAGGAGUAUCUGCGAUGGGAGUCACCUGGUAUUGGGAAGUACCUGAUCUUCAUGGUCAUACAGGCGAUUGUAUACUUCCUCCUCAUCUUUCUUGUAGAAAGUGGCAUGUUUAACCAAUUGUUCUACUUCCUGUCAGGCACGGCCGAAAAUUCUGUGGGCAGCUCGAUGGUGGCUAUGGAAGAACAGGAAUAUGGAAAGGAAGAGGAGGACAGUGACGUCAGGAAUGAGAGGAGGCGCGUCAACAAUACGCCACUAGAGACCCUGAUGCAGACCGACUCUCUUAUCAUUAAAAACCUGUCGCGGACUUACGGCAAUCUAAAAGCGGUCCAAAAUAUAUCCAUUGGAGUAGCACCUCAGGAAUGUUUUGGGCUUCUGGGACAAAAUGGCGCUGGGAAAACGUCCACGUUUAAGAUGCUCACAGGAGAUCAAAUCGUGAGCAGAGGAAACGCAUACGUCAACACAUACAGUAUACAAGAUCAGAUACGCAGUGUCCAGCAGAACCUCGGCUACUGUCCGCAGUUUGACUCCCUGAUUGAACAAAUGACCGGACGAGAGACGCUGACCAUGUACGCCCGACUAAGGGGAGUUCAGGAACACCAGAUUAAGCCUGUGGUCAAUGAGUUACUGGACAUUAUGACACUGCGACAGUACGCGGACAAGAAUUGUGCAUAUUACAGUGGUGGCAAUAAGCGGAAGCUGAGUACAGCAAUGGCGCUGAUAGGAGACCCGCCCUUCGUUUUAUUGGACGAGCCAACAACGGGAAUGGACCCUGGUGCCAGGAGAACCCUGUGGAAUGUGCUGUCCAAGAUCAGAGCCAGUGGUCGCACUCUGGUUCUAACGUCUCACAGUAUGGAGGAAUGUGACGCGCUGUGUACUAAGAUUGUAAUCAUGGUCAACGGUAGGUUUGUCUGUUUGGGAAGUCCUCAGCAUCUUAAAAACAAAUUCGGUCAUGGUUACACUCUUAUAGUAAGGCUCGGAUCUGACGACGACGGCAACACAGCAAGUGGUGAUGCACUGAAAAACUAUAUCAUCAAGACAUUUCAAAAUGCUGAUAUAUUCGAUGGUCACCAAGGUUACCUCCAUUUCCAAAUCCCAGAUGCAGAUGUUCCUUUAGCCCGUGUUUUUGGCGCAAUGGAGCGCGCAAAAGCACAGUUCAACAUUGAGGAUUACUCUGUUCACCAAACAACUCUAGAACAGGUAUUCCUAACUUUCACAAGACACCAGACAGCUCCCAAGGAAAAGAAAAAAAAGAAAACGUGUGGCUGCUGCUGAUAACCUUGGUAAUUCUCGUGCAUUUUUCAGAAAUUAUCAGCCUUACACUUGUCGCUGGAAGGAUGAUUAUUAGCUGUAUAAUGUCCGGAAGAGUUAGUAUUAACCUUGUCCCUCGGAGGAUCAAUGCUUUCAUUGUCUCUUGCACAAUGAAGUGUUACUAGUAUCGGAACGGACUAAUUUUACCAAAGACCAAUUGCCAUUGUCACUGAAAAGACAAUAGUGGUACGUAUUGUUAUACCAGGAAGGACCCGUGUUACUCUUCAUUCCGGAUGAAGUAAUGUUUCUAUUUCCUGGAAGGAUAAGUAUCUGUGAAAAGACCAAAGUAACCAGUUUAUCAGUAACCUGCCAUCACUUACGAACAUCACAAAUGACAAACACCAAUAGCAAACCCAACUUACCUUAAAUAUUGUUAUCCAUUUAAUAUUUCACAUUUGUUUUUUAACAAAUUAGCAAUGUUCAUAGGCUAAGUGAUCCUGUGAUAAUUGUGGCUGCUUAAAUGUCUUUUGAAUACAAAACGUCUAACGACUGCCUCCUCUUAAAUAGACGAUCGUGGUCCAGACAGUGCCCAUGCCAAGGCGGUAUGUUGGGGCUUAAAACUUGAUAAAACUCGGCUCUUUCCUCGUGCCAUUGCAAGGAGAAUCGUGCCAACGAAAUACAAUUGUGGUGUUGUGAUAUUGUUUAUGAUCAAAUCCGUAAAAUAUUUGUGUUGUGAGUUGUGCACUAUAUGUAUGUAGGUCUACCCCUCCAUUCCCACCCACCAACCACACCCUACCCGGUGAUCCUUGGACUGCGAGUGCUAGAUAAUGUCUGUUCCCGUUGAUUUUUGUACUAACACCUUAGCGUUUGAAUUUGUCUUGACGUCCUGUGUUUUCUCCGUUUAGACACACUAUUACAUAUGGUUAUUGCUAUAUCACCAGAAUAACAGUCUAGAGUAAAAUCUAUUCCUACGAGUUUGUGUAGUAUUUCUUAUAUCACACCUCAAACCAAACGCAUGCGUGAUGUCCAAGACAGAUCCAACAUCCUAUCGGGUUAAAGGUCAACAUAUUAUAUACGGGGUGAUUGUUGAUGUAAACUAACAGAAUGAGUGAUGCUUAAUAAUCAAUCAUUGAACUGAUGUGUGAACUAAUCUUCUCAUGAAAUGCAUUCACUUUUUUCCACUAUCACAUUUAAAUGAAGAGCAAAUAUCUACAGUACCACGGAAACUCAACACCAGGCGAAUGUGAUUUAAACACAAACGGUGAUGCAUCAGUAUAUGUUUUCUGGUCAAAUGUGGUAUAACUCCUCUCCUUGAGCACAUAUCCUAGAAUCGAAUAAUAAAUUCAGAAGAAUAGUUACGUUAACACUGUGUUUUCAUUAUGCGUAGUUAUCAACAAAUUAACAUAGAGAGACACAAGCCGAGUCAGGAGUUAAAUUCCUCUCCUCACUGUCUUAUUUUCCACUCCAAUAUUUAGAGAGAGCACAACAUGGGUUAUCCAAACAUCUUACUGUUUUCAUUUUUCUUACGUCGCAUUUGAACAAAUUAAGGAACAAAUACAUGCAUAAGGAUGUUGUUUUUCAUAACUAGUAAGUAAGCUCAUGCACGUUUACUUAGUCCUCAUGUACACUGCUUUCCGAUUACUAUAUCUGGACCAUCAUGUAACAGUUAAAUCAGGCCUUGCCAUAGAAUAGGUUAUACUAUGAAUAUCGUUCAUCAGAUGAUUUUAUAACUGUUAUUUAUUUUGUUUUAUUGACUUGAAAUAUACUGUUAAUAUUAGUCUUCUAUAAUUAUAUGCGUAGCAUGAUUGGUAUUGUAUUGUAUAAGUUUCCUCAAAUUGAUUUCAUGGGAUCGGACUAUUCUAUUAUUAUUAAUUAUUUGUUGCUAUGUGCAGGUAUGAUCGAUACUGUAUAUCUGUGAUACAUUGUGAAAUAUGUUUCGACAAUCAAAAGCUAUUGCUUUGUUUCGGAAAUAAACCAACAAAAAAAA